GAAGGAAAAGAAGAACUCUGCGGUAAUUUUAGUAUUGAAAGAAUAAAAACUUUGCAGGUGUUACUAUUUUAGUUAAGUUAUCACGUUUUAAUAAAUUAAAAUAAAUACAAUAAAUAGUAAAAAGAAACAACGAAUCAAAAAUGGCUCAAAUGGAUAUGGAAUUAAAGAAGGCAUUUACUGAAAUGCAAAUUAAUAAAAUCGAGACCACCAAAAAAAUGAAUAUGAUUGAUAUGAAAUGCAGUGUGGUUAAAAAUGGAAAACAAAAAUACGAACUCACUGAGAAGGGCACUAGCGACCUUAAGGAUGACACAAGGGUGUACCUUUCUGUGGGACGUAUGUUUGUCUUAACUGAUGUUGAAAAUAUGCGUACCGAUCUGAAAGCUAAGCAGGAAAAAUGUGAUAAAGCCAUUGAGUUACUCAAUAAGAAAAAGGAAUUCUUAGUGAAAUCUUUAAAAGACCAAGAGGAUGGUUUACGCGAAUUAGUCCAACAACGCAAAGAAGCUGAUGCGGCGUCAAAAUAAUUAAGCAUUUAAAUUAAGCUGGUGUAAAUUAUUGAACUUGUUAAAAGUUUAUGCUCCUUCCCUUAAUGCAAAUGACAAGCACUGAUAAUAUCUCCCACAUUUAUUAACGUGAACAAGCUUAAAAAUAUAUUACAUUUGUAUAAACUAAAA